AAGGUUAGGAAACCAUUUUAUCUUGCGACUACAUGUGAUUUUUAAACCAAGUUUUAUCCCAUGUGAAUUUGGUUUUGCCACUUUUUAAGGAAAGAAUUUGAUCUCCCAACAAACGAAAGGCUGUGCAGGGCUUACUAUGUCUAGAAACCCUAAAUCAACUGAUUUGUUGGGAGCACUGAAACAGAUAACUGAAACUACAAAUAUUGAAAGAGGAACGGUUGCAGAGAGGUUGAGGAGGAACCGAAUGAAAUAUUUCUGUGCAAAACUCGAAUCUCUCAUACCAACGACUUUGCCAAAGGCUAACAGAAGUGGUCUACUGGAGGAUGCUGGCAAUUACAUUAAAGAACUGCAGGAGCAACUAAGCCAACUGAAGCGAAAGAGAGAGAGUCUUCAAGAGAAGCUACAUGAGAAGACGGUGAAGGAAAAAAGAGAGGUCCCUAGGGUUGAUGUGGAGGUUAAGGAAAGGGAGACUGUAAUUAUCAUCAGUAGCAUUAGAAGGCCGAGGCACUUUUGGACGGUGAUCAUGGAGGUUGAACAACACGGUCUAGAUGUAAAUAUGUCACAGUUUUCUUCAAGUGACUUCUUUGUAUAUCUCUACUUCCAUGCAAGUUUAAGAGAGGGUAUGAAAGAUGUGGACCCUGCUCAGCUGCAGAACUCUCUAAAAACCAGGCUGUUAGCUGCAUAUUAGGUUUUCAUGAGGAGGAUGGAGUUGUUUAAGAUUCCUGCCAUGUAUCAAGUUUUCUGUUUACACAGGAGAUGUAUUGGAUGGUAGGAAUAUGUCUGGUUAAGGCCCAGAUUGAUGUAAUGGAUAAGACCUCCACUACAGCCAAUGUCACAGAUACGCCAAUGUCCUAAAGAAACAAAAAAAAAAAUAGGGAUAGUAAUGUUUGUGAUUGUAGGUAGCGCAUUGUUGGGCCAUGAUAUUUCUCUUAUUAUCAGCA